AUGGAGGAGGAGAGGAAGAAGAAGAAGAAGAAGAAGAGCAAAUUGGAAAAGAAGGGCAAGACUGAGGAUGGGAAGGAUAGGAAGGCGGAGGAUAGUGUGGUGAAGGUGGACGAGACUGAGAAUAAUGUGAAGGUUGAGAAGAAAGGCAAGGAUGGGAAGGUUAAACUCAAGGUUGAGAAGGUUGAGAAGAAAGUCAAGGUUGAGAAGGAUGCCAAGGAUGGGAAGGAUGAGAACGAUGGGAAGGAUGGGAAGGAUUCGAGGGAUGGGAAGGAUGAGAACGAUGAUGAUGAUUUCCAAUUAUACAACACUCCACCUAAAGGAGUAGUUCCAAAAAAAAGAGUGAGGAAGCAGAAGAAAGACGAAGACUACACAAACCCUUCUUUGUCAAAACAGCCAAAGACGAAUGAUCCAUUAACUAUCAAUCCCCUUCAAAAAUUUGAUGAUGAGUUGUUGGUUCAAUUACAAAAUUGGUUGAAAGAUGUAGCCACCAAUGAUGAGACAAAGACUGUGUUUACUUGCGAAGCACGAAAGAAGUUGUUUGUUAGAGUUCUAACAAAGUGCACAUGGCUUAAAGAUCCUGAAGUCGACGCAGUCUGCCACUUGUUGCGCAAAAGGAUUGCGCAAUAUCCCAAGACAUAUAAACAUUGUAAAGUAUCAAUAGGGGAUUGCUUAUUAGCAGAUAUGAUGAGGCGAGAGUACCCGAACUUUAAAAAAGAUCCUGAAAAUUUUCCAAUAUCAGAGGUAUUUGAUCAGUACUUCUGGGGUGCGGACCAUAGACAUAUGCCAGAAUGGCCACAAGUAGACGAUAUUUACGUGCCUUUGAACAUUGGCAACAAGCAUUGGGUACUAUGCGUCGUUCGUGUACAAGAUAAUCACAUUGACGUUUAUGACUGCGACUCGAGUAUUUAUAGGAAUCUCGAUCCAUACCUGAGACCUUUGUGUGAGAUGUUUCCACGAAUAUAUGCAAUGGGAGCCAGUGAUGCUGAGCUACAAAGGUAUCCUAAUUUCAAUUUCCAGAAACUGACAUAUAAAAGGUUGCCACACCCAGCUAAAAAUGCAGUCGCCAAAUAUGGGGAAGUCCCUAGAGCAGCAGAAAGUGAGGAUUGUGGUGUAUUUAUGCUUAUGCACAUGGAAUACUUGACUGCUGGUUUAGGUGUAGAGAAGAACUUGACUUGUGCUUAUGUAUUCUGA